AUGCCGGGCCAAGUCCUCCGGCCACCACCGACUGACACUCCGGACGUCUCGGCCGUUCCGGUGUCGGACCUGCACAAGUGUUGCCUUCGCCUCUUCGGCCAACCCAUUCUGCCUCUCCGGUAG